CACAACUUAAUUUCAUCGUUUAAAGCACUAGAUAUCAAAUGGGGUCUUCCAGAUCUAGUGAACUUGUUGAAUACGUCGAAUGAACUUAUAGUUCUAUUAUAGUUGAUAUCAACUCUUGACACUUGUAGAAAGAAACACCACAGAUCUCCGCGACAUCCGCUCUCAUAACCGAGCAUAGGUAAACUAACCUAGUCUUACAUGAUGGCCACCGCCAAGUGUAAUACACUCAGUGUCUCUACAAGAGAUGCUGCUGGAUAUCUUCCAAUUGAAAACUAUGGCAUGAUCGGAAAUAUGAGGACAUGUGCGUUAGUAAGUAUGGAUGGAAGUAUAGAUUUUAUGUGUUGGCCAGACUUCGACUCACCAUCUGUAUUCUGUCGGCUCCUUGAUAAAGAUAAGGGAGGGUUCUUUAGUAUUGCCCCUCCCGAACCAGCAUCUUGUACAACCAAGCAACAAUAUCUUCCGUCUUCCGCCAUUCUACAGACUCGCUACAUCGACGAAGAAGGUGUUGUAGACGUCGUCGAUUUUUUCCCACGUCCGAAGGAGGCCACCGUUAUAUCUACGAAAAAUAAACACAGUGCCUACCGCGAGACCAAAAGCGCAUAUGAGGAGCUUAAGAAGUGGUUGGUUCGGCGUGUCGAAUGCAUUCGAGGCCAGAUGUCUCUAGAUGUCAAUGUUUUUCCAGCGUUCGACUACGCCCGAGAACCGCACACCACUACUAUAUUACAGAACGUGCGUGGAAUCGACAGUUCUCAGAGCAAGACUGUAACUUUCCAUAGCAAGAGCCUAAGACUUCAACUGGAUGUGACGAUAGACUGUGGUGGUGGUGACUCGACUACCUGCCCAAAUCUCAUUUUCAAAAAGGUGCAGCAAGAUGGCAUGAAAGGUGAAGGAGUUGUUGCCCAUUUUACCUUGCAGGAAGGUCAAGCGAUCUCCUUUGUAAUCCGCGAAGACAUCCCAAAUCAUGUGACGGAGAAUAUCACAAGUUCAAUUCUUGACUCCCGACAACAUGACACACAACUGUACUGGUAUAACUGGCUAUCUAAGAGCAGUUAUAAGGGAGGCUGGCGCGAAGUUGUUAUGCGGAGUUUCAUGAUACUGAAGAUGCUGACCUACGAACCUACUGGUGCUAUUGUUGCCGCCCCUACGUUUUCAAUCCCCGAAGCAAUCGGUGGAGGUCGCAACUGGGACUAUCGUUUCUGCUGGGUUCGCGACUCAAGUUUCACGAUUUAUAUCCUGCUGCGGAUGGGGUUUACGGAAGAAGCAGACGCAUACAUGGAGUUCAUCAACAACCGCGUCAAGGAGACAACGACGACAGGUGGUGAUCUGCCCAUCAUGUUCACUAUCAGGGGUGAGACCGACAUACCUGAACAAGAGCUCGGCCAUCUCGACGGAUAUAAAGGCAGCAAGCCAGUCCGCAUCGGCAACGGAGCCGCGUUCCAUAAGCAAUUCGAUAUCUACGGCGAACUUAUGGAUGGUAUAUAUCUAUACAAUAAGUAUGGGAAACCUAUAUCAUGGGACACCUGGGUCUCGGUCCGUAAGAUGCUUGACCACGUUUUAACGAUACUUGACCAACCGGACAUGUCGAUAUGGGAAGUGCGCAACAACAAGCAGCACUUCGUCUAUUCCAAAGUGAUGCUUUGGGUGGCAUUCGAUAGGGGGCUUCGACUUGCUGAUAAGAGAUGCCUGCCUUGUCCAAACCGAGCAAAGUGGCUACACGCCCGAGAUUCCAUUUACGAGCAAGUGAUGGAGAAAGGUUACAAUACGGAAAUGGAGAGCUUCAUCCAGAGUUACGAAAACAAUACGUUUCUUGACUCGUCGAUUUUGAUAGCGCCACUCGUCUUCUUCAUCACACCCAACGACCCGCGCUUCCUCAAUACGGUGGACAGAAUACUUCUUCCACCAGAGAAGGGUGGACUUACGAGCGCAGGCCUCGUUUACCGCUACAACACAGAGCUUUCAAACGACGGAGUGGGAGGUCACGAGGGCGCGUUCAGUAUGUGCACGUUCUGGUUAGUGGAGGCACUAACGCGGGCGGCUGUAUAUGAACCUGCAUAUUUGCCAAGGGCUGUGAACCUGUUUGAGAAUAUGCUCAGCUUUUCGAAUCAUCUGUCUAUGUUCUCCGAAGAAAUCUCUCGUAGUGGUGAGCAGCUCGGUAACACUCCGCAGGCUUUCAGCCACCUGGCUCUCAUCAGCGCCGCGUUCAACCUUGAUCGCGCCAAGAGCUUUUUUAGGAACUGAUGUCGAAGAAUUAACGAUACUACCUGGUCAUGCUCCUGUUUUAAGUUGCGAGGUGGCCUAAAUAUGUAUGUAUGUAGGUAUGUAGGUAGUAUCUGCUAAAUUAACUGACUAUCUUGCAUGGAUAGGUAGAUAAAUGCCGCAUAUAGGAGCUCUCCUAAUAUAGCUAGUGUGAGAA